AUGCAUCGUUUCCAAAGCCUUUCGAAGAGUGAAACGCCGCAUGUCGAAUUGGACCUCCUGAAACAGCAAGUCGAGUCCAACAUUCGAGAGCAGAAUGGUCAGCCUCACAUUUCAGCCAGUCAGAAUUCAUCUUUCAAUCUGGGUGAUUCGGGAACUGGAAUGACUUACACUGGAACCGCUCCGGUCUCGAUUCUCCCGGCCGGCGAUCGUCAAUCUCGGAACGUUCCGCAAAUGAUCGCAGCUCCAAGUUCCGAACCGGCGACCAACGUGUGUUCAUCAGCCUGUAGUACACAAGCACAGUCAAUUCAAGAAUUAAAUGUCGAUGCUCAGGACAUUGACGAGUGUUUCGCCCUAGUUGUCGAGCUGGCGAAGUCGGCGAUCUUCUCUACGGAGAGAAUCCUACCGACGAUCCAGGCUUUGAUCAUCUUAUGCACGUGGCAGAUGCCCAUCGACACACCAUCGAAAGAUAUCACCCCGACACUGGCCGGCGCCAUGAUACAAAUGGCAACGAAUAUAGGCCUUCACGUAUAUGGCACCGUGCAAGACUUUUCAAGGGUUGCACAGCCGUACGAUCGUCAACAAAGAAACUUUCGGACCAGAUUAUGGGCGAUUUGUCUCUUGACCAUCCAAAGGGUAAACAACUACCGAGGCCUGCCUCCCGCGGUGUUACCAGACACUUACUCUCACGAAGGAUACAAGGAGGAUCCGUUCGAAGCACUACCGACAGCGAUCCGCUUUCAACGAAAGUUGAACCAGGUGCAGAGUGAGGCCAUUUCUCAGAUCGAGCGAGAUGCUUUGUCCAGGAGGCCGGAAGAUCGUAAUGUAGUUCUUCCAGCAGCGGUUAGUCAUGCUCUCUCAAGACUGUCUCCGUUGGAGUUGGAAUGCCCGUCUAAACUGGACCGUUACUUCCUUCGAAGUGCCGUGUUGCAAAUAUCGGCUUGCUCCUUGAUAGCGCCUUCGUCAGCAAUCGGCGACAUGAAUCUGCUCUCCAUGUACGGGGACGCCUGCAACCUGAUCGAACUGGCUGUAGAAUUGGACGACGAGAAGCAAAUGUCCGAAUAUGGUCCCGGUGUGACAAAUAUGAUUCUCGCUCUCGCCGCUUUCAUCGUGCUCCGAGUGGGAAAGUCUCGUGUUCGUGACGCCCUGGACGCCCGGCGAGGACAGAAAUGCUAUUUCUCCGUCAUCAACAUGAACGAGAAACACAGCAUACGGUCGGACGAUGUCGCAGCACGAGCCACAAUCAUUCUCCCCCAGUUGUGGACCAGCCAAAUGAACAUCAAGCGACCGGAUGGCACCGUGGACAAUUUGUGGCUGCGUUGUAGAAACAGGUUCGGAUUGAGUUUGGCCUUUGACACUUUGUGGCUCUGGCGGCAAAGAAUUUGGAGGUCAACAAGUCCUUAUGAAGGUGUUGAAGGUACAUGUCUUUCUACCGGCUUGGACGCAUGA